AUGGAACGGUAUGUGUCAUUCCAGUUGGGGAACCUGAGGUUCCUGGAUUCGAUCCAAUUCUUUGGCCCAGGUUCAAGUCUAGAUACCUUAGCAAGUACCUUGAAUGAUUUCCCCAUCCUAGAAGAAAUGUUUCCCCAAGUCUGGGACGUUACACCCGAAGAAAUGGAGUUGCUAUGUAAGAAAGGGGUAUACCCUUAUUCCUACAUGGAUAACUCCAACAAAUUCAAUGAAACAAGUCUGCGUCCAGAAGAAGACUAUUAUAAUGAACUGACGAAAGAAGACAUCUCCCAAGAAAAGUACGAGUUUGCUCAGACAGUAUGGAGUACGAUGGGCUGUGAAACGUUGGGGGACUAUCACGAUAUCUAUCUUUAUCAGGAUAUAUUCCUCUUAGCUGAUGUCUUCGAACAGUUCAGAGAUGUUUGCCUGAAAAAAUAUGAUGUGGAUCCCGCUCACUACCACACAGUACCAGGAUUGGUAUGGGAUGCUUCUCUAAGAUUACCGGUGUGAAAUUGCGCACUCUAAGAGACGAGGAGAUGCAUAUGUUCCUUGAGCGGGGAAUGCGAGGUGGUAUUUCUACGAUUACUCACUGCUACGCCAGAGCUAACAACAAGUACCUGAAGGACUACGAUCCUGAACAGCCUAACAGCUUCAAUAUCUACUAUGAUGCAAACAACUUGUCUGGAUGGGCUAUGUCACAACCGCUCCCUAUCGGAGACUUUGAGUGGAAAACAGAGUUUGAAGGCUUUGACGUGAAUGAGAUUGCUGACUAUGCAGAGAUUGGCUACAUUCUAGAGGUUGAUCUGGAAUACCCAGAAGAGCUCCAUGACCUUUAGAACGAUUACCCCGUUGCCCCAGAGAAGAUAGAAAUCACUCCAGAGAUGAUACAUAUCCUUACUGCCAGCAGUUAACCACGCAUUUAGAGUACAAACCCAGCAAAGUGUAGAAGUUAGUCCCUAAUCUGUGGCCUAAGGGAGGAUACAUUUUGCAUUACAGAAAUCUGCAAUUAUAUCUUUCCUUACGGAUGAAACUUACAAAGAUUCAUCGUAUCCUCAAGUUCAAACAGCAGACCUGGCUGAAGCCCUAGAUCGAGCUGAACACCAGACUGAAGGCUCAAGCGAGUACUAA